AAACAGGCAACAGGGAAGUUGCAUGAGUCCUUGGCCCUCCAUUUUGUUUCCUUUCAGCGCCGAGAGCAGGGAAUGUCGGGCUCUGGAGCACCCCUCGCCCUGCUCCUCCUUGGCCUGGGCUUUGUGGGAGCAUCGAAAUACCUUUACUUUGAAGUCAUCGUGCCAAAGGAACUCGGACCACAAACUGGCUUCCACUCCAAGAAAGAACUGUCUUAUAAAGUAAGAAUUGAAGGAGUUAACAGGAUAGUUCACCUACGUCAAAAGUCUUUUAUAUUUCGGAAUAUGCCUGUUUACUCUUUUGAUCUGAAAGGAAACCGGCGGGAAGAUCAUCCCUAUAUAAAGGUUGACUGCUAUUAUAGAGGAUAUGUGGAAGAUGCCUUGGACUCUGACGUGGUCCUCUCUACCUGCACCGGGCUUUGGGGAUAUAUACAGAUUGAAGGUCUGAAGUACGAAAUCCAACCUGUACAGAAUUCGCCUGCAUUUCAUCACCUUAUUUAUCGGACGGAGCGACAGCAGCAGGAACCCUGUAAGGCAAUGCCUGAGGAACAAGAUGAGCUGGCGAAUAAUGAGAUUCAGCUGAGAGGAGCAGGGGAGCCCAGGCAUGUGACAGAGUUCCCUGGAGCUCGUUCAGUGUCCAGAUAUCUAGCGUAUUUUGCUGUUUCUGGCCAUUCAUUGUUUCAGCGAGAAGAGCAAAAUGCAACCCGAGUGAUCCUGGUGAUCCUUCAGGUCUUUUCCAUCCUUCAUAACAUAUAUGAAGACAUCGGUCUUAACAUUGUUUUGACAGGAAUAGAGUUAUGGACAGAGCGAGAUUAUCUGAUAAUUAGUGAUAAACCCAGUGAAACUCUGGAUAUGUUUUACAACUAUGUUUAUGCUCAGCUUUGGCAUCAAGCUGGUUUUGACCAUGCCGCUUUAUUCACGAUUAAGAAUGAGCUCAAGCCCUCUGGAAAGCAGUGGCAGGCACAUUCUUGCCUUCCUACCAAUGUCUCUGUUUCUGUUGUCAAGAUUUCCUCCUCACUGAUGCAAAGUGGUGCAUGGGCAGCACAUCAACUGGGCCAUGCCAUUGGAUUUGUCCAUGAUGAUCUCCCGAGGCCUGAAGCCAGAAUGUGUGAUUGCAACUGCAACUCCAAGCCUGGCCACUGCGUCAUGCAUUCAGCUGUUGCGGAGUGUCACAGACUGAGCAACUGCAGCAAAAACAGGUUUCGUACCUUAUUAGCCCGGUAUGGGGGGAGAUGUUUCCUGAACCUGCCAAAAGAUCAGAAGUCUAGAAAGAUAUGUGGAAACGGCGUGGUGGAAGCCAAUGAGGAGUGUGACUGCGGUACGGAUAAGGCCUGCCAAAGGAACGGCUGUUGCCUACAGAACUGUACCUGGAGUCCGAAUGCCAGCUGCUCUCAUGGAAAGUGUUGUGAGAGAUGUAAGUUUGUGAAUGAAGGGAUGCUCUGCAGAGAAGCCACCAACAAAUGCGACCUGCCGGAGUACUGCACCGGGGGUUCUGGCAGCUGCCCAAAAGACACGUACAAGCAAGACGGGACGCCGUGUGGGACCAACAACAGUUGCUACUUAGGGGAGUGCCUUGACCUUCACUUCCACUGCAGAACUCUCUUCGGCAAAGAUGCAAAACCUGCUCCACUGAGUUGCUACAAGGAAGUUAACAUGAGAGGAGACCGGACCGGCAACUGUGGCAAGGCUGACCUGGAAUACAAGAAAUGCAAAGAAGAGGAUGUCUUUUGCGGAAGGAUCCAGUGUAUCAACGUCAAGAAGAUCCCAAUAAUUUCAAACAAGCAAGGUGUAAUCCAGACACCCACGGGCAAUAUCUUGUGUUUGGGUACGGAGUUUCACGAAGAGGAGGAGAUGUAUGAUGUCGGAGCAAUAAAAGAUGGAUCGGCCUGUGGUCCUGGCAAGAUAUGUGUAAAUAGAUCAUGUGUCAGUCGGACAAUUCUGAAUUAUGACUGUGAUUUCUCAAAGUGCAACCACCAAGGCGUGUGCAAUAACAACAAGAAUUGCCAUUGUGCUUAUGGAUGGGCUCCUCCAUACUGUAGCAGUCGGGGAUUCGGAGGAAGCAUUGACAGUGGGCCCCCUCCAGAACAAAUCAAAUCCAAAAAAAUGCUAAUGCUAGGUUCACUGCUUGGGGUGGCCUUGCUUUUGGUGACUAUUGGUAUAAUGACUAAGAAGUAUAUAUAUGCUUGGAGUAGGUUUGGAAUGAGACAAAAACUAUCUCCAGAGCCAAUGUAUUCUUCUCCAGAAGAAGAUUCUUCUCCAGAAGGGGAUUCUGCUCCAGAAAAUUCCGAAUUGACUGAAAGCUAACCAUCAGCAGGUGGCAUCCUGUCCUACUCUGCGUAGGACCAUUUGUCCGGCAAGAGACAUGUGAAGGAAGGUCCAUGCGAAGGUCACUGGAGAGGAAGGAAGGAGGAAGCUCAUUCUGCCAGCUGCCUUUGCGCUCACCAACCCAUCUAUGCAUGCUCUCUCUUUGUCUCUGUGUCUGGUCUUCUGCUCCUGAAUUUCUAUUUACUUCCUUCCCUCUCUCCAUCGGGUUUUAGACAAAGCAUCUUGGACUCCUUGCAUGAAAUUCCCAUUGCUGUCUCUCUCUGGCAGGAGUUAGCCCUGCAGCUCCAUAAA